AUGCAAGAUAUAGUGUUAUUACAUAUAAUUAGAUAAAGAACUGUAGGACAAAGUUUGGAGGUCUUUCCAGAAAACUUAGGUCGAAAAUGGCGAUCGAACGUGUUAUAAUCUUGGCACUCGUUGCCAGUAGCCUCAUUGCCAUGGCUUCUGCCAUUGCUGGAACUGCCACUUUCUACACUGUUUACGUUCCGUCUGCAUGCUAUGGAUUCCAGGACCAGGGGACGAUGAUAGCAGCAGCUAAUCCUGCUCUGUACAACAAUGGUGCGGCCUGUGGAAGAAGUUACAGGGUUCGAUGCACUGGACGGACCAACGAUGGCGUACUUCAGCCCUGCCGCAAUGGUGAAAUUACAGUGAGGAUUGUUGAUCUCUGUCCAGGAUGUGGACCCGACCAGCUGGAUCUCUCCCAGGAAGCUUUCUCCAUGAUUGCUGACCCUAAUGCUGGAAGAAUCCGUAUUGAUUACAACCCGGCAUAAGGUGGCAUCCAACUUCAGCUUUCCAAGAAUAAGCUUUAUGGAAUGUUAUUUAUGUGGUAUAUGUAAACUAGUUGUUGUGGAAUAAAUGAUGUAUGGAAAUCAGUGCAGAUUUCUGCGGAUGUUACUUGUAAUACUUCCAUUAAAUGAAAUAAAGAUAAAGUUUUAUUACUUUCUU